CACGAGUGAGUUGAGACAUGAAACAAGAAGAGCAACUCGUACAGUUAGCCAAAAAGACUUGGUUGGAAAAACAGCAGCCCGUUGUGCGAGACGAGAAAUUAGUGGAAUACUUGUUUCCUUUUACAAGAGACACUACUAGUGCCAGUAUAUUGGAUAAUUUGGAAUAUUUGCGGUUAUAUUUAUGGCCUUGCUAUUGUCUUGGAAGUUGUAGUGACUUGCACGUCUUUAGCAUAGUCAACAUGGUUUGUGAAAGUCACACGGUUACUGAAAAUGGUUGGGACUGGAUUACCGACGAAGAAAUCUUUGGUUCCUUUUUUCGUCAUCUUUUAUCGAUACCUACUGAAAAUUGUUUAGACUAUUAUGAACAAGAGAGAAGAGUAUUUUUUCUGUUAUUGGCGUUUAGAAGACAAGAUUUGAGUUGCUUGAGGAAGCACACUUUUCCUCUAAUAUCUUUAUCUCUUUUUGUUCACAUUUCUCCCGACACUCGAAGCAAGCAACUUGAGAGAUAUCCACAACUGAAGAAAAUGUGGAGAAAGGUUGAAGUAAAGAAGCAAGAUUGCCAACAAAGAGGAACAGCUUAUAUCGAGGCCGAUUUUAUUCCUUACCUUGCACGACAAGUAGAAAAAACUUUAGAAGCUCAGAUACAAAUACGGCAGUCUGAAAGUGCAAUCGAUUCUCAACAAUAUGUUUAUCCUCUACGCUAUUUGGAACGGAUUCUGGAAUUGUUUGUUGAGUUAUUGUGGCAGUUGCCAACCCGACGUUUCUUUUGUGUCUUUUUGAAUGACUAUCAACUCGAUGUAUCGCUCAAAUUGCUUUUACGUAAACAUCAAGAUUGGGACCAGCUUUCUAAUUUACAAAGUUUUGUGGAUAUGCUUUAUUUCUAUAAAAGGUUUCCCAUUGAUAACGAUAAUGGAGAACCUUUGACUCGAGAAGAAUUAUUAUUGGAAUAUCAUGACAAAAUUUUGUCAUUACAAAAAUGGAUAUUCAAACACGUACCCAAGUUGAAAGAAUUGGCAGUUGUAGGAGCUUCUCAAUUGACAAAUACCGAUUAUUUGUCAAGUCAACUUUAUACUCUGACGGAGAAACAAUUGAUUCAGCUUGCUAUCGAAUUAGAAUGUCUGCCCUAUCGUGGUGAGAACAUUCAGGUGGAUUCUUCUCUUUUAGUGGCAUGCAUUGUAGACCAAGUCAGUUUUUAUCCUUGGAAAUAUGAAACUUUCUAUAAUAUUGCUUCGAAUCCUACCGAAAAGGAUAUUUGGGAUGAUACUCUCUCCAGUUUGGAAGAAGAAUUAUAUUUAGAUGAGCCACUUGCCUUACCCAAGCUCAACUUACAGUAUCUAAGUAUGGGGGAUUUUGUAUUGCGACAUUUUACAUUGUUUCGAAUGGAAGCUGCAUAUUCUAUACGUCAAGAAAUGGAAGAUGCUUUGGAGAGGCUAAAUCCUUGUUUAGGAGAUAUGGGAAGAACUCAAUUUAGAGGAUGGUCUCGAAUGAUGAUUCCUUUGAAUAACUUAUCCAUAUAUGAAAGAGCCCCUACUAGACUAGAUUCGGAGGUUCCUCAAUAUGUGAAAAUGGAUAUUUCUUAUGACCUUGAAACUAUUUCUUCUUCUGAUAAAUAUAGACAAGAAUGGGAUCAUAUUAUGGGAGAGAAUGAUAUAUUAUUUCUAUUGAGUAUUCAGAAACCAAUGGAUGGAACUGAACAAAAAGAACAACUUGGAUUUAUAGAAAGGUAUGGAAUAGUUGCAGUUCGUACCUUUCAAGUAAUUGGUCUUGUGGAUAUUGAUGGAAACGAGAUUCCCUGGAUGGAAAAACAAUCUUAUUUGUCAAAAGCGGUUUCUACCAGACGAACCAUACGAGGAUAUUUGGAUGCAACUCAGUUUCAGAUGGACCAACAGGAAUUGCAAGGAUUAUAUUCUAUGGAUAGUCCUGACCAUUUUAAUUUGGUAAUGAGACGCAAACCACAAGAAAAUAACUUUCGAGGAGUUUUGGACACUUUGAAGGAUGUCUUUUUACAUUAUUCUAGUUUUAUUCCCAAAUGGUUGUUGGACACAUUAUUAGGUUAUGGAGAAUGGGAGUCUUCAUUUGAAUGCUUUCAUGGAAAACAAAUCAAUUUAGAAGAUACUUUUAUUUCUUUAUCUCAUAUGGAAAGUUGUUUGAAGAGUAUGAAUAUUCCUUCUUAUUCUAUUACAAAGACAGGAGCGACUUGUGAUGAUUAUUGGCAAUGGCAUUUUUAUUCCAAAGAUAACGACAACCAUAAUAAUAAUAAUAAUAAUAAUAUGUUGCAUGUAGAAGCUGUGCCUUUUGAAAAGGAAUAUUUAGGUCCUUAUCCUAUAAGAAAGCAUAAUCAAGUCCCUUUUACAGUUAAACAAGUGGAAGCCAUCCUUCAUGGCAUGAAACAAGGAUUAUCUCUCAUUGUAGGCCCACCAGGAACAGGGAAGACUGAUGUUGCUGUUCAAAUCAUUUCCAAUCUUUAUCAUUCUUUUCCAGAAGAACGCAUAUUGUUAGUGACCCAUUCAAACAAUGCCUUGAAUGAUAUUUUUGUCAAGAUUCUACAAAGAGAUAUCGAUCCCAAAGAUAUAUUAAGACUGGGUCAUGGUGAAGAGGAGUUGGGAUUGAUGGAUUCCUUUAGUCGAGAAGGUCGAGUCAAUUAUAUGCUACAAAAGAGAUUGGAUAACUUGCAACAAGUGCAAGUUUUAGCAGAUUCCAUGUUAUUACCCGGUGAUUAUGGUUAUUCGUGUGAAAAUGCGCUAUUGUUAUAUCACACUCAUAUAUUACCUUUGAAAAGGGAAUUCUUUGUUCAGCUUGAUCAAAUACAAGAAGAAGAAUCCAAUGCUUCAUGGAUAGCUCAACAUUUUCCAUUUUACAAGUUUUUCUCACAACACUAUUCUGAUGCUUCGAGUAUUUUCCGUGGAGAUUCCUAUCAACAAGACCUGCAAUCAGCAAAGGGUUGUUUUCGUUAUUUGGAUAAAUUGUUUGAGGAACUAGAAGCCUUCAGAGCAUUGGAACUUCUUCGCAAUCAGAAAGAGAGAGGAGAUUAUGUGUUGUUGAAACAAGCAAAAAUUAUUGCAAUGACUUGUACUCAUGCAUCCAUACGUAGAAAGGAUUAUCUAGAAAUGGGUUUGAAAUACGAUACUUUUAUUAUGGAAGAGAGUGCUCAGGUAUUGGAAGUGGAAACUUUUAUUCCGAUGAUAUUACAAAAACCAGAUUUUGGCUGUAAUGAACCUCGCUUGAAACGUUGUAUUCUAUUAGGAGAUCAUCAUCAGUUACCUCCAGUGGUCAAAAGUAGAGCUUUAGCAAAGUAUUGCAACUUACAACAAAGUCUUUAUACACGUCUAUUGCGAUUGGGUGCAAGUCCUAUUGUAUUGGAUGUUCAAGGAAGAGCUAGACCAAGUAUUGCGGAUAUAUACCGUUGGUGCUAUCCUCAUUUGAAAGACUUGACUACUGCAAUGGAUGACUGUUCGAGUUUUCAACUGGCCAAUCCCGGAUUUCGCUUUGAAUAUCAGUGGAUAUCCGUUGGUGAUUGGCAGAGCGAAUCUCAACCUGUACCCUAUUUCUAUCAAAAUCUUGUAGAAGCUGAAUGGAUUGCAGCUGUCUAUCAAUAUAUGAGAUUAUUGGGAUAUCCCAGAGAAAAGAUAUCCGUUUUGACUACUUAUAAAGGACAGAAAGAAUUGUUAAAAGAGGUUUUGCAACAUCGCAUUGCUUGGAAUCCAUCGUUAGGAAUGCCAAAGACAACUACCGUAGAUAAAUAUCAAGGGCAACAAAAUGACUAUAUUUUAUUAUCGAUGGUACGAACUAAACAUGUCGGACAUAUAAGAGACAUUCGGCGUUGGGUUGUAGCAACUUCGAGAGCUCGUUUAGGUCUCUAUAUCUUUGGUUAUUUGCCUUUGUUUCAACAGUAUCCUGGUGAAUGGAAAGUUGGAUUGGAGUUGUUGUCUAAUCGAUGUCAUCAUGAAUUACAACUGGUUACCGAGGAAAGAUAUGGAGCUAUUACUAGAAAGUUGAAUGAUAUCGUUGUUGGACCCGAUAGACUAGUAGAAAUAAGUGAUUGUGCUGAUAUGGCAAAGUAUAUUCAACAACUGGUUCGAAGUCAUCCUACAUGGUUGCCAUCAUAAAAAAUGUCCAACGUUGUCUUAUGUGUCAUUUUGUGAAUA